AGACUCAGAGAGACCGGAGAAGAAGCAAAGAGAGAGAUUCUCCGGUGAUAACAUUGAAGCUGAGGAGCAAUGUAUCCGACUGGUCAACAGAUUUCGUUUCAGACCACUCCUUUGAAUGUUCAAGAUCCAACAAGGAUGAUGAAUUUGGGUCAGUCUUCACCAGUUUCAAGAAAUGAAACACAGAAUGGAGGAGUAGGAGGAGGCAUUGAUCAAGCUGAGUUUGCUAUGUUCAAUUCCAAGAGGCUUCAAUCUGAUCUUGAAGCUAUGGGUAACAAACUCAAACAGCAUGAGGAUAAUCUCAAGUUUCUUAAGUCACAGAAAAACAAAUUGGAUGAAGCAAUCGUCGACUUGCAAGUUCAUAUGAGCAAGCUUCAUUCGUCUCCUACUCCUAGAAGUCAAAAUUGUGAUAACAAUCUUCAGGGUGAAGAUGUUAAUGAACAGAUCCUUCGCCACGAAAACUCAGCUGCUGGAGUUUUAGGUCUGGUUGAGACUUUUCAUGGCGCGCAGGCUUCUCAGUUGAUGUUGACAAAAGGUGUUGUUGGUGUUGUAGCGAAGCUUGGGAAGGUCAAUGAUGAAAAUCUCAGCCAGAUUUUGGCGAAUUAUUUGGGGACUCGCUCCAUGUUGGCAGUUGUAUGCAGGAAUUAUGAAAGUGUUACGGCUUUAGAGGCUUAUGAUAACCAAGGCAACAUUGAUAGAAAUGCUGGCCUUCAUGGGCUUGGCGCUUCGAUUGGCAGAACCAUUGGAGGCAAUUUUGAUGCCAUCUGCCUUGAAAACCUGAGGCCGUAUGUUGGUCAGCACAUAGCUGAUGAUCUGCAAAGAAGGCUUGAUCUUCUGAAACCAAAAUUGCCUAAUGGUGAGUGUCCUCCCGGGUUUCUUGGAUUUGCAGUGAAUAUGAUACAAAUCGAUCCAGCUUACUUGCUCUGUGUCACAUCAUAUGGACAUGGUCUUCGUGAGACCUUGUUCUACAGUCUAUUCUCUCGCCUUCAAGUUUACAAAACAAGGGCCGAUAUGAUUAGUGCCCUCCCAUGCAUAAGUGAUGGUGCAGUAUCUUUGGAUGGAGGAAUCAUCAGGACACCGGGGAUCUUCAAUCUUGGAAACCGUGAUGAGGUGAAUGUGAGAUUUGCAAAGCCAACUGCUUCACGAACGAUGGACAACUAUAGUGAAGCAGAGAGGAAAAUGAAAGAGCUGAAAUGGAAGAAGGAGAAAACGCUGGAGGACAUAAAGCGAGAGCAAGUGCUUCGUGAGCAUGCUGUCUUCAACUUUGGCAAGAAGAAAGAAGAGUUUGUUCGAUGCUUGGCUCAGAGUUCAUGCACUAAUCAGCCAAUGAACACACCCAGAUGAAAAGAGAGCAAGCAAAGAAGCACGGAGCUCGGAGUUACAGUGACCCUUGCUUCUAAAGGAAUCCUAUUUUGACUAUAAGAACUUGUUUCCAGCUUAAUUUUUGAUAGAUUGCUUCCAUGGAAUGCAUCUAAUCUGAUGAUACUAGAUUUAAAUAAAUUUCCUUGAAGGGU